AGUACCAGUUUAAUCAUGUCAAUCGUAUUUAUCUUAUAAUUUUAUUGUGUUAUAUUGCAUUUUUUAUGUGACUUGAUUGUUAUGAUAGGAUGGAAGAAAGUGGUGCUAGUGGAAAUGGUCGAGGUAGGAAUAAACGCUUUUGGACUGCUGAAGAAGAUACAGUUCUUGUCUCUGCUUUGUUAGAGUUGGCUACUGAUCCACAUUGGAAAUGUGAUAAUGGCUUUAGAAAUGGAUAUAUGGUUUGCUUGGAGGAGAUCAUAGGAAAGGCUCUUCCUAGAAGUGGUUUAAAAGCUACACCACACAUUGACUCUCGGCUUAAAACACUUGUUAGCAAGUUCAGAGCCAUUGCUCAAAUGCUUUCUACUAGUGGGUUUAUGUGGGAUGAUGAUAAGAAGAUGAUAUCCGUGGAUAGAUCUGUGUAUGAUGAGUAUUGCAAGACUCAUACUACAUGCAAGAACUUGUAUGGAGUUGCUUUUCCGCAUUUUCAUGAGUUGAUGACUAUUUACGGCAAAGACUAUGCCACUGGAAAACCUGCUGAAGGUUUUGUUGAUGCGGUUAAUAACAUGGAAAAAACAGCCCCUGUCCAAGUCACACUUGACUCAAGCGAUGAAGAAAUUGAUAUUAGUGGUAAUGUCACCCAAACAGAUGAAUCAGAGGCUCCACCGUCAAAGAAAUCAAAAGUUGAGAAAACAUCAAAUAAGAAAGGAGGGAAAAAAGUGAGGUUGUUGCAAUUUCUGAAAUUUCUAACUCACAAUCCUUCAUGAAAGACAUGAAUGUUCAUCUUUCCACCAUGGCUAAAGUCAUGUCUCGUGCUGAUGAAAGAGAGCAAGAGUCAGCUGAAAAAAGUGAAAAAGUGAUAGAAGAACUUCUAUCAUUUAACUUGGAAGGUAUCACUCCUAGUCAAGUAUUUGAGGUAGCCGACAUUCUAACAUCACAACCGAACAAGCUCAUGAUUUUUAACAAGUGUCCUUCUUCUUUAAAAGCUGCCUUCGUCAAAAAUCUUAUUGGCGAGAACAACAAAAGGUCUGAUUGAGACUCUACAAUCAUAAGGAUCCAUAUGUGAAAUUGCAAGUACGGAGACAAACUCUAUUCCUCUUUAUGUAUUAUAUUUAUUUGGUGAGAUUAAGAAGACAAGUUUAUUUUCUUAUCCAUUAUUUAUUUUUCCAGUAAUAUGUCGAAUAUCAGGGAUAAUUAUAUAUGUCUGCUUUCAAUCACUCCUCAGUAUGAGCUGGUGUGCUGAUUAUAGAUUGUGCUUGACUGUUACAAGUUAUGCUUCUGUAAAUUUUCUGUGUGGAUUUUGCUAAGAACUUCUGAAAUUCUGAAUAUGUAUACAGAAUGAGGGGCUAUCCUGCUGUAGUUUAAAUUUAUCAUGACUUGCUGUUUUAUAUAGUUGUACCUUGU